ACCGGGUGGAUUUUGCCGGAAUUGCUCUCACCGAACCCCGUAUUCGCAUGACUAGAACUACGAAGUACUCCGUACUCAACAUUUCCGAGCGAAUAGCCAACCAACAGGCUUCCGCGCUGGUCUGCAGAACUACUACGGUACUACCUCAUCAAUGGCAAACUCCGAGAACGAGCAGAGACCCAAGCCCAGCAGCCUGCGGUCCAUUAUCGCAGGGUCUACUGCCGGUGCAGUCGAGAUUGCAAUUACCUAUCCAGCUGAAUUUGCGAAAACCCGAUCCCAGCUCAACCGCAGGUUACCCGACGCAAAGAAACUGCCAUGGCCGCCGUUUGGAAAACAAUGGUACGCUGGGUGCACCACUUUGAUUAUAGGGAACUCCCUGAAGGCAGGAAUCCGAUUUGUCGCCUUCGACCGAUUCAAAUCGCUAUUGCAGGAUGAAAAUGGCCAUAUUUCGGGACCUAGGACUGUUAUCGCGGGAUUUGGAGCGGGAUUUACGGAGUCUCUGCUGGCAGUUACUCCUUUUGAGAGCAUUAAAACGCAAUUAAUAGAUGAUCGCAAAUCGCAGAACCCUCGCAUGCGUGGGUUUUUACACGGCAGUAAGGUCAUCUUUCAGGAACGAGGUGUUCGGGGAUUCUUCCAGGGCUUUAUUCCUACAACUGCGCGGCAGGCUGCCAACUCGGCAGUGCGGUUUUCAAGCUACACAAUGUUGAAGCAAAUGGCCCAGGGCCACGUCGCCCCGGGUGAGAAAUUGGGAACCGCGAGUACAUUUGCUCUUGGGGGCAUUGCAGGUCUUAUCACUGUUUAUGUUACACAACCUCUUGAUACUGUCAAGACAAGAAUGCAAUCGCUAGAAGCCAGCAAGAACUAUAAGAACAGCUUUGUCUGCGCAGCGCGUAUAUUCAAGGACGAGGGAGUCUUGACCCUCUGGUCCGGAGCCGUCCCACGACUAGCGAGAUUGAUAAUUAGCGGAGGCAUAGUGUUCACCAUGUACGAGAAAACAAUGGAUGCAUUGGAUAGUUUUGACCCCGAAAGGAGAUACAUCUGAUUGCAAACAGUCAGCAGUGGAUACCAAACAUUAUGAGACGAGGUAUUUUCUUCUAACCUUGUCAAAAUGCAUGGUACUAAACUAUUGUGUGCCAUACUAUAUGCAUGUAUCUAGACUGUUAACGAGCGAAUGGCUGUUUUCAUGGGUUAUACAAAAACACUAUCACUGUUGAGCUCGCGGCCAUUUGGUUCUUUGACUCAUUCCUCAGCAGUCAUGGCGGCUAUAUCACGGUCGACGAGCCAUGUCCGUACACUAUUCAUUACAGUUUCUAAACCCACGCCUCCAUCAAGAAUGCCAUCUAGGUUGUGU